AUGGCCGAUACGAUUUUGCGUGCUCAGCAAGUCCAGCAGAUCUCACAAGACAAACAGAACGUGUAUGAGAGACAUGCGCUUCGUCCAAAUUCGAACACUAUUCGACUUCUUGACGUGCAGCCUGUUCCCAGAAACGCUAUCGAAGGCACGCCUUUGAAAUGCACUUUGCAAGUUAUCAGUCUCGAUCGCGAACACGACUUCACGGCCUUGUCAUACGUGUGGGGUGACCCAAGGGAGAAACGCAGCAUCUUAUGCGAUAGCGCUCUGUUCGAGGUUACCACAAACUGUUACUCAGCCUUAUGGCACUUGAGCAAGAAGUUGCAAGGCCUGGUCGUCUGGGUCGAUGCAAUAUGUAUUGACCAAGAAGACAAGAACAAGGAGAAGAGUCGGCAGCUUCCUCUCAUGGAGCAGAUAUACACCAAGGCCAGGAAAGUCUACGUGUGGCUAGGGGAGGGCGAUAAGAGGUCUGACCAAGUCAUGAGAUUCAUGUCGAGAGGUGGGCUCCGUAUAUAUGUUCAAUCAGCGCCAGAUGAGCCACCACGAUAUCGACCUUAUGCUGCAGCGCUGCGUUCUUCCUUUGCUGGAUGGAGUUUCGGGUAUCACCCUUUGCCGUUUCGGCGGAACAAGAAGCCUGUGUUAGCUCAUUUCUCUCAUCGGGUGCAAUAUAUCAACUGGAAUGACCUUAUCUACGUUCUUAACCGGCCGUGGAAAUCCCGACUAUGGACUUAUCAAGAAAUCCUGCUAGCUUCUCAUCCCGUGAUUACGUGUGGGUCUGAACAUGUUGAAUGGUCGGAUUUCGAAUGGACACUGCUACUCCUGCGAAGUACUUCUGGAAAAUUUCCAAGUACCGCCAUUACAUGGGAGAGCAUCGCCCUUGACAGGGGCAAGGUCAGUUCGAUCGUCCGAUCGACCGAGCCCAAUCUACUACAUGCUCUCCAAGUGCAUGAAGAAGUUGUGAAGAGAAUUCUUGCAGCACGAACGGUACUCAAGAUCACUUGGGUCUGUUUACUGCUGGCAUGUCUAGCAGUGGCUCUUCUGGUCAGCAUCAUCGCCGUAUCUUUUGCGAGUGGAUAUCCAGACGGCCUUCGUCAUUUCCCUCUCUCGUGGGUCUUUUAUCCUUACGAGCCUCUGUUUCUGGGAUUGACGGCUGUCAUGACGCCUGCAGUACUUAUCUACGCAUGGUCAGAGGUGCGUGAUCUAUCUCAACCCUACCGAGACGGUCUCAACGAGACGGCGACAGACGACUUGGUCGGAGCUCUGUACCAAAGAGCAGCUUCCAAUCGGAGGGAUAUGGCAUACGGUAUCUGGGCUAUCCUGCACAAGCUUGGAGCCAGCAGUCUUCCUGAACCAACGUACGAUGCCGAUGAUGAGACGGAAAUACCCUUGCUCUACCGACAACCUACCGUGAAUCUGCUGGAAGUGACUAAAAACUUGCGAAUACUGUAA